AUGCAAUAAAAUAACCGUGUUAUUUAUGAGUUGGAGGACGACGAGGAUAUAAAGCAGGCUCCUUUUCCGAAGACUUAAGUAUGAGAUUUAUGUAGUAAUGAAAGGCGAUAAAGAUCGAUAGAAAACUAGGUGCAGUGGCAUAUUUAAAAUGGGGAACUCUUUACAAUUACUUCUUUUCUUUUGAUUUGAGGAAGGGUAGGAUAUUGUGUUACAAAACCUAAUAAUCCAAUAGUUAUAACAAUUAUUAUUCUUUGAAUAAGGGCGACUUUGUCAGAGAUGAAGCUGAUAUCUAAAAAUGUGAAUAAUCUUUAAGAAAGAAAAAAAAUUAUUAGUAAACUAAUGAUUAGAAAGUAAUAUAACAGCUUAUAAUUUAAGUCAGUGAUCUACGUGAGAACAGCAAAGGGAAGAGUAUUUAAGUUGAUGAUUGACGAGAACGAAAAUUACGACAAGAUUUUAGGAUACUUGCAAAUUUGUUUCUCUUCGAAAAUGCAAAACGUCAAAGCCUUUUAUGCACUAUUGGGAAUCGGACUUGUGAAAAUAGACGGGAACGAAUUCAAAUUGACUACGGGAGUAGUUGUCUCCUUAAACGAUUGGUCCAUAAACAACAACAAUAAUUAUUUGUUAAAAAAUGAUAGUGGUUUUAAUUUGUUGAUAAGCAACAUUGAAUUACUGGGAGGCAUCAUCGGAUCCUUCUACAAACAACACGAGAUCCUGGGAAUCAUAUUCAAUCCAUCCACCCAAACAAUAGACAUCAUUUUAUUCGAUAAUUUUUAGUAAACCAUUUCAAAAUAUAAUUUAGAAAUCCCAAGACUCUACAUCAGGCAAUAUUCAAAUUGGUUAAAUUCUCCAAAAAGAAGCUGCUCCCAUCUGGCAAAGGCUAGUUGUUGAAAUUAAAAACUGACAUAGCAGAAUUCAACUAAAACGAUUACAUCGAAAUAGCUAAAAAUGAUAAUGUAAAAAUCUACAUCCACACAACUAAAUUGAAUGUGGCUGAUUAUGCAUUAAUACAAGGCAGCAUGUUUUCAGCUCAGUAUGUUGAUGAUUAAAAUGAUUUGGACGGGGACAAACUGCUUUCCAACAAUGCCCUUGAAUUUUAUAUGAAGAAUUUCAAAAAUUCGAAUAAUCAGUAUGAUGAAACUAAGGAGUUCAUUAUUGUGAGUAAAUAGCAAACACAAGUCUUUGUGGUGAAUAAUUUAUCAUCUCCAAAUAAGGGAUGUGUGCAAAAAUAAAGCUCAUUUAAAUUUGAUGACAUUAGUGAUGAGAGUGGAGGACACGGUUCAGGUGUGCAAGUAGCCAAGAGUAUUAAAAGUAAUAAAUAAUAUGAUGUGUAGUCCAUAUGAGGAGAUAAGUCAAUAGUGCCAGUGACACUAGUCCAAAAGUUCAAUUUGUGAGUGAUUUUCAAGGGAAUGGGUUUGAGUCUGCAGUCAACUACGCUAACGAGUUGAAUGAAUAAAAACAAAGAGAAGAGGACAAGAAUGAAAAUAGCGAUGUAAAUGAGAAUGGUAAUAGCAAUAAUAACUAAUCUAAUAAUAAAUAAGAUGCAUCUGAAAACUAAUUGAGCAACAAGAAGUAAGUGGAAGAGGAAAAGUAAAUACUAGUCUAAAAUGAACAAUAACAACUCCAGCAUAAACCCAGUAAAACCGAAUAGAAUCAAGAGGAGGACUCGGAUGAGAUAGACUUGGUCAAGGUUUCAAUUGUGUUUGAUGAAGGUGAGCAUUGCAAUCAUAGGGAUUUUAAUACUAUAAUGAAUUACGCCUUAAAUUUCAAGAAAGUUGAUUAUAAGGAUGAAUACAGAGUUCCUUAGGCGCACAAGAAAGGAGGGACGGCUUGUUAGGAUGAAAAAAUAAUUGAUUUGGCUAGAAGUGUGGGAAAGAACAUGAUCAAACAAGUUGGUCAGAAAUUGCUUAGUGGAAAUUUCAAUUUAACAACAGUGUCCUUCCCUGUAAGUUCAAUUUGUUAAAUUAAUUGUAGAUUAAAGCGAUGAUACCCAAAUCGGCCUUGGAAAAAACGUUUAUGUAAACAAUUCUCUUUCCUUUGUAUAUGAAUAAGGCUGCUUCUCUAUAAAAGCCAUUAGAACGAAUGAAACUCAGUAUAGUUGCUCUCAUAUCUAAUUACAUUUAGGCAAAUUCAUUUCUUAAACCUCUCAAUCCAAUUUUAGGUGAAACCUUUGAGGGCGGCUAUGAAGAUGGCACCUAACUUUACUGUGAAUAAGUACAAUAGCCUUUAUGAUUAUUACUAGAUAUCUCAUCACCCACCUCUAUCUUAUUUUUUAGUGUAUGGUCCCAAGAAAUCCUAUAAGUUUUACGGCUAUUCUCUCUAUGAAGCAAAAGCCGGGUUGAAUUCAUUGACUAUCUUGAAUCAUGGGAAGAGGACAAUCUAAUUUCCGGAUCAGAAGAUAGCCUGCACUUUUUCAUCUGAACACUACUCGGGUACAUUCUUUGGAACAAUGAAGAAUGAAUCUUAGGGAGCUCUUUCUUUUGUAGAUGAAGCCAAUAGUAUUAAUGAGUUGUUAUGAUAAGAUUUAAAUUGUAUCGUCUAAUUGGGGAAGGUGAAGAACAAACCAACAGAUUACUUCGAAGGGGAAAUCAAGUAGGGGAAGACAGUGCUUAGCAAAUUGUUUGGAAGUUACAUGGGAUUUGCUGACUUCGAUGGGAUUAGGUAUUGGGAUGCCAGGGUGAUCAAACCUUUUGCUAUGCAGAUAUUGAAAUCGAACUUGGAAUCGGAUCAUACAAAGAGAACUGAUAGGAUCUGUAUGAUUGCUGGUGACAUAAAUAAGGCCUAGGUGGAGAAAGAAAGGUUGGAAUAAUUGCAAAGGAAUGAUGCAGCUUUAAGAAAAGAAUUCUUAAAAUAAAAAAAGAAAAAAGAUUAAAAAUGA